AUGAAGACGGAAUUGAGUGUAGAUGGAUCUUAUUUUGUGGAUCUGGUGUGGCUGCUUUAUAUGUCUAUAUUUCGUGAGAAUUCCAUCCGAAAGUUACUAAGGGUACUCAGUAGGAAAGAGAGACAUAGGGUACGUGGUAUUAGUAACAUUAACUGUAUGAAGAGUGCAUCGCAUGCUGGCAAUACAAUGACCAGGGUAUAUGUCUGGAGUAUCUUAGGUGUUUUCAAAAGACGUUGUGUAUCAGAUUCAAUCUCUGUAAAGGGAAGGGUGUUGGUACUGAUAAAGGCUGGUGUUGGCUCUGGAUCAACUCUAGUUGCUCAGUGGUAA